AUGGCGGUCAAACCUAAUGUUCUGCGCGCCCUGCAACGCUUUACGUCCUGCGAUGUCGGAGAUGCGCUCGUCAAGCUCGGUGUCCCUCAGGGCGGCUAUCUGUCGGGUCUCACAAUGUACUCUCCCGGCCUCAUGUCAUCAACUGCCAAGAUCUUCGGUCCCGCGUACACCGUGAAGAUGGUUCAUGCCGCCGACAAGGCUCCCCCGACGCCCAAAGUUCACUUUGCCGAUGCCAUUCCCCAGAACAGCGUCGUAUUCGUGUCGCAACCAAAGGGUUUGAUCAGUGCUUGCUGGGGAGGCCUCAUGAGUACCCGCGCUCAGAAACGUGGUGCUGCCGGAGUCAUCAUUGACGGCAAGUUUCGCGAUAUCAAUGAGCAUCGCGAACUCGGCAUCGGCCUUUUCGCACGCGGCAUUAGCAUCUUAGGCUCAAAUACAUUCACCCGUUCUUCCGAGUUGGAUGUUCCAGUGACCUACGAGAAUAUCGAGAAUGGAGGAGAGGUGGUCAUCAAUCCCGGCGAUUAUAUUCUUGGCGAUGCGGAUGGGGUGGUUGUUGUUCCACCAGAUAGUGCAGAGGAGUGUGUGCGUCUCUGCCAGGAACGCUAUGAUAUUGACGAAGAGACGCGACGUUGUUUGAAACGCGGCGAUGAGAUAGGAAGUACAAUCAAACGACUAAGGAAAUAA